GCGCGCGGCCUCUACCGCCCCGCCCGCAGCGUUUGCGCCUGCGCCUGCGCCGCGCCGGGCGCCCGGCGCCAGGCCUCCGCCCCCCUUCCCCAACGGCCGCCCCGCCUCCCGCCCCAACGUUCCGCCUCCGUUGCCCCUAGCGGCUGUUUGUUGACUUCCGGGAACGCGGCAGUUGCCGAUGUCCGGGGUGUCGCUAUGGGGCCCCGGGGGGCUUCCGCAGCCCGCGUCGGGGCUGAGAAGCUGCCGUAGACCCCGCGGAGUCGCCCCCGCCACCUUCCCGGUUCAGGCGCAGGCUUCCCGCACCGCCUUCGGCAUGGGGGAAUCCGAGGAGGUGGUACCCGAUUCAGGUGCUGUGUUUACUUUUGGAAAAACUAGAUUUGCCGAAAAUAUUCCCAGCAAGUUCUGGUUUAAAAAUGAUAUACCUACACUUCUUUCCUGUGGAGAUGAACAUACUGCAGUUGUUACAGGAAAUAAUAAACUUUACAUGUUUGGCAGUAACAACUGGGGCCAGUUAGGAUUAGGAUCGAAGUCAACUGUUAGCAAGCCAACGUGUGUCAAAGCCUUAAAACCUGAAAAAGUGAAAUUCGCUGCCUGUGGAAGGAACCACACCCUAGUCUCAACAGAAGGAGGCAAAGUGUAUGCAGCUGGAGGAAAUAAUGAAGGACAGCUGGGACUUGGUGACACCGAAGAGAGAAACACUUUUCAUCUAAUUAGUUUUUUUACUUCCCAGCAUAAGAUUAAACAGCUCUCUGCUGGAUCGAACACUUCAGCUGCGCUAACUGAGGAUGGCGAGCUUUUUAUGUGGGGUGACAAUUCUGAAGGGCAAAUUGGUUUAAAAGAUGUAACUAAUGUGUGUGUCCCUCAGCAAGUGACCGUUGGGAAGCCUAUUUCCUGGAUCUCUUGUGGAUAUUACCAUUCAGCUUUUGUAACAACGGAGGGAGAACUGUACACGUUUGGAGAACCAGAGAGUGGGAAGUUAGGUCUUCCCAAUCAGCUGCUUUGCAACCACAGGAUGCCCCAGCCGGUGCCUGGAAUUCCCGAGAAGGUGGUCCAGGUAGCUUGUGGUGGAGGGCACACGGUGGUUCUCACAGAGAAAGCCGUGUAUACCUUUGGGCUGGGACAGUUCGGUCAGCUGGGUCUUGGUACUUUUCUUUUCGAAACUUCAGUACCCAAAGUCAUUGAGCAUAUUAAGGAUCAGAAAAUAAGUUCUAUUUCCUGUGGAGAAAAUCACACAGCUCUGAUAACAGAUAUAGGUCUCGUGUAUACUUUUGGAGAUGGUCGAUACGGAAAAUUAGGUCUCGGACUGGAGAACUUUACCAAUCAGUUCAUUCCCACUUUGUGCUCUCAUUUUUUGAGAUUUAUAGCUCAAUUGGUGUCUUGUGGUGGAUGUCACAUGCUAGUUUUUGCCGUUCCGAGACUUGGUGGGACAGAAGAAAUUGAGUUAGAGGAAGUUAAGGAUGCUUGCUUCCAUGCAGCGGCUUCUCUGCCCCUCCGCGAUCUGAACUCAGGAAAUGUUUUGCAAACAACUCUAUCAGCACGUGUGCGGCGACGAGAGAGGGAGAAAUCGCCUGACUCUUUUCGAAUAACACGAACACUACCUCCACUUGAAGGGAAUCCUGUGCCACCUGUUUGCUUUCCCCCCAUUCCAGUUCCUUUCCAUAUGUCUGCAAUUAAUCUGCCAGAGACCAUGAUACCUGAAGAUGAAGACCUCAUGCAGCCAAUGGAACCAGAUUAUUUUCAAGAUAAAAUGACCACAGAGAAAGAGACAGACAUUUCUUCAGCAACAGAUUCAGAAAGCCUUGGAGAAACUACUGAUGUUUUAAAUAUGACACAUAUGAUGAGCCUGAAUUCCAAUGAAAAGUCAUUAAAAUUAUCACCAGUUCAAAAGCAAAAGAAACGAGAAACAGUCGAGAAACUGGAGCAGCAUACAGCUCACUUUGAAAAUGAUGGUAGUAAAGAGCGUGCAAGUGAAGAGACGUCCAGAACGGUGAAAGAGGGGAAAGUAUAUAGACAGCUGGUGGCAAAGGGAACGUACAUGCUGCCAGUACCUGGGACUGGGCGCGCGUUUUCAUAUGAGGACUUAGGUGAGGAGUGGGGCCAGCCGGGGCCUCAGGCUGACACCCAUGCCGAGGGUGUGCGCAAAGAGAUAUUUAGAUGUGAGAGCAAGCACGGUAUUUACCCACCUGAUGGUAGAGAGAUAGAACGGGAAAGCGAUGGAGGCAAAAGUCUGAAGGACUCAGAAACGGAAGAAGCAGUGUCUGAGAGAGGAGCUGAGCUGCCAGAAAUGGCAGGUCUGAAGGAUAUGAGACAAAGCGAAGAGAAUUUAAGAUAUAUGAAUAUGUUCUUUGACGACUUACCAAAUAGAGAUGUGGAUAUUGAGGAUGAAGAGAGUGAACGCUUUGUUAAGGACAGUAAGAGGAACAAGCAAGACGUGAUCUUUGACAGUGAAAGAGAAUCUAUAGAGUCAGACAGUUACAUGGAAGGAGAAAGUUCAAGUCAGCAAGGUAUCGCUGAUGGCUCUGAGCAGCCCGAGUCAGUAGAAUUUAGUAGCGGAGAGAAAGAGGAUGAUGAAGUGGAAACUGACCAAAACUUGUGGUAUAGCAGGAAAUUUAUUCAACAAAGACAUGAGGAAGAGACUGAACACAAAAUGUCCACAUUCAUCGCAAAAUAUAAUUUUAACUUUGGGCACUUGUCAGAGAUCCCAGAGGAGCAGGAAGGCACAGAGGAGUCAGAAGGAAGUGAAAUAGAGAAGCAAGAGGUAGAUGCAAAUGAGGAAAAUGUGGAGGUGCCCGAAGGAAAAGAGGAGAAGGAAAUAGAGAUCCUGUCAGACGACCUUAAAGACAGAACUGAGGUGAGUGAGGGCAAGGGAAAGGCAGGGGGAGAGGUGGAGGAGGAUGUGCCUGAAGCUGGAGGUGAGGGGGGAAUCCAGCGGGAGGGAACUUCUGGAGUGGAACAGAGUCAGAGUGAGGAGGGGGAAGAGGAGGAAGACGAGGGAAGAGGAGAAACAGAGAGCCUGGAUAAGGGAGAGAAAGACCUAGAAGAGGAGGAGGACCAGGACCAAAGGGAGAGGGAGCAAGACCAUAAAGAGAUAGGGGAAGGGGAGGGGCAAAGAGAUGAAAAGGAAGGGGAGGGGAGAGAAGGGGAAGAAGACAGGGAAGAGGAAGAAGAGAAAGAAGGCAAGGAGGAGGGAGAAAGGAAAGAGGAAGAAGCUCAAGAGGAAGGACAGGGAGAAGGGGAAGAAGAAGAGGAGGAGGAGGAAGGGGAAGGAGAGGGAGAAGCAGAGAAAGGAGCGGAGGAAGCGGAGGGGGAAGGGAAGGAAGGAGAAGGGGAAGGAGAGGGAGAAGCAGAGAAAGAAGAGGAAGAAGGGGUGGAGGAAGAGGGGGAAGGGGAAGAGGAAGGGGAGGAGGUUGGAGAGGAGGAAGGAGAGGAUGAAGGAAAGAAAAGAGAAAGUGAAGGGGAAGAAGAAGAGGGAGAAGCGGAGGAAGGAGAGGGAGAAGGGGAAGAAGAAGAAGAAGAAGUGGGGGGAGCAGGGGAGGAAGGAGAGGAGGAGGGGGAAGAGGAUGAAGGAGAGGGGGGAGGGGAGGAGGGGGAGGAAGGAGAGGAGGAAGGGGAGGAAGGAGAGGGGGAAGGGGAGGAGGGGGAGGAAGGAGAGGGGGAAGGGGAGGAAGGAGAGGGGGAAGGGGAGGAGGGGGAGGAAGGAGAGGGGGAAGGGGAGGAAGGAGAGGGGGAAGGGGAGGAGGGGGAGGAAGGAGAGGGGGAAGGGGAGGAAGGAGAGGGGGAAGGGGAGGAGGGGGAGGAAGGAGAGGGGGAAGGGGAGGAGGAAGAGAAGAAAGGUGAGGGGGAAGAAGAGGUGGGGGAGGAAGAGGAAGAAAGAGGGGGGGAAGGGGAGGGGGACAAGGAAGAGGAAGAAGGGGAGGAGGAAGGAGAGGGGGAGGAAGCAGAGUGGGGAGUGAGGGAGAGGGAAGACAAAGAGGACGAUGAGGAAGAAGGGAAAUACAAAGAGAUAGGAGAUGAAGAGAGGGAAAAGCAGGAAAGGCAGGGUGAAGGAAGAGAGUCCAACAAAGUGAGCAAAAUCAAAGGGUCUGUGAGAUAUGACAAAAAUAAGGCACACCCCAAAAAGUUUACUACUAACACAGAGGAAAAGGGGAAAGAGUACAAGGUACAGAGGUUCAAAAUGCCAGUGCAGUCAAAACAAGUUUUAGAAAAUGGGCCACCAGGUUCCAAAAAAUUCUGGAACAAUGUAUUGCCACAUUAUUUAGAACUGAAGUGACAAGCUUUAAAUUUGACCUGAUAUUGUCCAGCCAAAUAAUUUGAACAUUUUACACGUAAUAGGCACUCAGUACAUUGUAUUAAAUUGAUUUUAUGUCAUGGUCACUUUAUGUGUGGUACAGUAACGACUGAUAAGACAGCACAAAGCACUGGUAAAUUUGGCUCCUCUUAAGCCAAUAUUUUGGUAUAUUUUCCCUCUAAAUUAUAAAUCUAUCACUAGAAAAUGGUCGUAGCAGAUAGUUAACAUUAUAUAUUCCUCAUUAAGGGCAGAUUUGGAAAAUAGGAGUAUACUAUAGGAGUAUUGCGUUUGUAUAUACAAACUGGCCCCUUUAAAGAUGGCAUAGAUCCUUAAGGGCUAUGAAAACAUCUCAUUGCUUACACAUUUCUUUCAGUCUCUGAUUACAAGUUGCCUAUACAUAGAAUAAUUUUAUAAGAUUUUCUGAAGAUUUUUUAGGGCUUUCUAAAGCUAAAAUGGAAGAUUCACAUUUUUAAAAAGUAGUGCUGUCUUUUUACCUUUUAUGUGUCCUUUUUGCAACAGUUUACCAAGUGACAGCUGGAUUCAGGGCUCAGGUUGUAAUGUGAUGUCUUUCAGUUACUGUCCGGGCAACUGGCAGUGUAUCUCAUGAAAUGGAGAUGAACUUAAGCAUCUAUUCUGGAAGUAUGUACAACUUUUAAGUAUUUAUUGCCCAGGCAGAGCUCCCCACUGGGCUUCGGUUUCCUCAUGUGUAAAAUGGAGUAGAUUGGAUGAUAGAACUCCAAUCCCUUUUAACUCUCAGACUCUUUCAUUCUAACAGGCUGAUUUACUCCCAUCAUGUUUGUUAUUUGCAGAAGAGGUUUUUAAGGAAGAAAAAUUAUACUUUAAAAUUAAUUGAGUUUCUAUAAAAUAUUGUUCUUGACUCUUACAAACUUAGGACGGCUUUAAUGUCUCUUUUGUCAUUCUGUAUUUCUAAACUAUAACUUCUGAGCUUUAACUGUACUGUCAGAAUCUUCAUUCCCAGUGUCUGUGAUGUACCCUCAACCUGUUUUUCGCUGACUGUUCUGUAAUUCUCAGUUUAUUGCUUGUCAGAAUGUUUCAAGUAAAAUAAACAUUAAGUGUAUUCCAUCAGUAAUUGUUUGUGGAAAGAGAAACUAACAUCAUGUAUUGAAUUUUAGAGAGGCUGGAUUUCUAUUAGUGUAAAUUCAAUCUUCCCUUACAAUGUUCAGUUCGUGUAAUGCAGCCAGAUCGUUCUUUAUUCAUAGCUCCAUUUUCAAUGGAUUCACUGCUCCAGUCCCUUCCAUAUCUUGGGCAUUAGGGAUUUCUUAUACUUUCUUUUAUCAAGGAAGAUCUUGAUGGUAAACUUCCUGUGAAUUUUGUGGAAUGGGAUCCUCUGUGCAUUUGAUUCUCCGUGAGCAAGAAUCUGGGGAGAGAGACUAGAAUACGAAGAGAAGAAACUCCUAGGAGCGAUUGUAGAUUUUGUUUUAGCUGCAGGGAUACGUGGUUGCUGCCCCUAACUAACCAAAUAUGCUAAUUUGGCAUUGCAGGGUUCUACCAAAUUCUACCACAGUCAGUAAGUGCCAGUGGGGUAGAGUUGGUACUUUGACAAAGUGUAUGUGCUGUGUUGUCAAUUCAAGGGCCUACCGUGGUUAUUGAAAAGUCGACUUAAAAUGAUUAAGGGAGAUGGAUGAUUGAAGAGGAGUUCAUAAAGGAAAAGCCUUCAGGGAGAAAAGAAACUAUUGCACUCAAGUUACUAAUGUAAAAGGUGUGGACAUUCUUCUUGCACCAAAGACGUCAUCAGCCAGCAAUGCUGAAAUGGAGUUCUUACCACGUGCCCAUCUCAGUAUUGGAACUGGUCUAGAGAGCUGCUUUUAAACAGCAUUUCCUGCCCAUUUCUUCACAUUGCCCUGGCCAAAAACAUGUUCUGUGCUCUUUUAGGAAGGGUAGCUCGUGCAGGCACGGUGUUCUGGUCAGAAGAGCACAGGCCUAGUCAUUUUGAGAUGUGAGUUAGUACUUGGUUAAAUAGCUUGGAAUAAUCGGUUCCAUUCCUUGUCAUCCCCAUCUGCUGGUUGAUCAAGCUUUUCUUGUCAUUUAUCACUGAUCAUUACUGAGGCCAGUGUGAGUUGUGUGUGUAGAGUCCAUUGAGUUACAGUUCCAGGUGAGGACUCUGGCAGAAAAAUAGUUUAAGGUAAGCUAUGAAGGAGUACCACAGAAACAUCUGCUGCCGCUGAAUAGCAGCUCUUGAGGUGAGUGCAAUGAAAUGUCUUCUGUUACUUCAUUAUAGAGGUAAACUUGCUCUUCACGUAUAUAAAGAUAAAAGACUGCCGUAAAGGAAGGCACUUUGAUUCCUCCUUCCUUCAUUCCUUCUGUUGUGCCUGACAUAUGGCUUCAUACUUGGUGCCUAUGAUUCACUCAACCAAUAAGCGUGUACCUAAGCACCAAAAAGGGAACAGAAGCUUUCCAAAAUCAGGUAGAUCUCCAGAAAUGAGGGCUGCUUGUAGUCCAACUCCUGUGGCCUUUUUACCUGUCAGGGACAUUAGGUAGGUACAGAUUGCUUGAAAGAACACCAGGUAAAAGGAGUUCCUCGGGCUCUGCCUCUAACUGUGGCUUAACAGUGCCCUUGUGUUUCCCAGUACCCCCGUGUUCUUAGCUAGGACUACCCAAACAGAAAAAUAGGAUCUGAAAACAAAUCUGUGGCUUUCUAGGCUGAUGGGAGCCAUGAGCGUGUUUCACUGUGACUGCAGCCUAGAGUAUCUUUUGGUCCUGGAUAAGGAGGCAAAGGGCCUUAUGUGUUUAUAAAAUUUGUUAAACAGCAAGAGUAGGAUGAUCACAUUUGGCCUUUUGCAACAUUCUGGCAGCAGUAUGGAGGGUGGGUUGGAGAGGAAGAGGACCAGAGCUAGGGAUGCCAAUUAGGCUGCUGUAGGGGACCAGACAGAGACAGAAGAGGGGCUGACCUAGAAGAGUGUGGACAGAGUCGGGGACAUGUGUUAUCAACAGAACUUCAGGGAUAGAAUUGGAGGGCUUAGUAAAGAGAUGUAAGUUGGAGGGAGGGAAAAGGCCAAGCUUUUCUUGUUUCUGUUUGAAGAACUGGGUAGGAAGUGUGCCAUUCACCAAGGCUGAGCACAGAGGAGUAGGGGUAGAUUCAGGAGCCUGCUGGGCCCUGUUCAUCCAGGAGGUGUCCAGCGGACAGAUACACGUCUGGGCCUGGAGCUCAGGGGAGAUGGCCAGGCUUUACCGACUUCCAUGGGGAGUUAAAAGCAUGGAGUUGUGUGAGAGGCGGCACUCACAGUGUGAGAAGGGAAGAGAACUGAAGACAGAGUUUGAGGAAACAUCAGUAGGUAACGGAGAGGUUGAGCGAGGGAAAUCUGAGAAGGAGGCCAGGUAGGAACACUUUCUAGGAAAGAGAGGCGCCCCCCAAGCCAAGGAAGCAGUGGUGGAGGGCAGCAGAGAGGUCUGGGAGAGGCCCGGCAGAGACCAGGCAAGAGCCCACACUGCCUGCUAAGAGAGAUCCCCAGGAAGCCUGCCUUGCAGAGAAAAAGGGUCAGGGACUUCGGUGCCGUGGGAAAAACCAUCUUAGACUUUUACCUGCGAUUACUCUAUAUGAGGCUACAUAAGCAUAGGAUCUUGAAGUGAGCUUAUCAUCAAAAAGGAAGAGCCUACAAUGCCCUGAGUUCCAGCACGUGGGGGAAACAGCUCUGAGGGUGGCGGUUCUGGUUUUCACAUUAUUUGAGCAGAGCUGGGAAAGAGCCUGGGCCCUGGCACCUGGUAGGCCUGCAUUCAAAACCCCAGUCCUUCACAGAUUAAGCUGUGUGAAUACCUGGAAAAGCUAUUGUUUUCUUUUUCUUUUCUUUUUUUUUUUUUUUUUUUUGACUUUUCUGAGUCUUACUUAUUUCUUUUUAUAAAGGGAAGGGUCUUUGGAUAGUUAACACAUGAAACAUGUUAGUGGUACUCAGCAAAUGGUAACCUGUGUCACUUUGUCCCCUCUGACUCCCAUCAAGUCAGGUGCAGAACUACCCUCGUGCAUCUCCAGGUCACUGACAGAUAUGUGUGAGUCUAGUCCUGUGAACCUGACUUCUGUGUAAAUACCACAUAGCUACCCUCCCUGCCCCCCCAAAUUGGCUUAAGACAGAUCUGUGGGAAUGAAGUGAGUUGCAAUCAUGAUAAAUAUACCCUUAAAUAUGGGGUAGAGUGAAACUAUGCACACCGUCCAUGGGUCAUCCUCAACAUUUGAAGCAUGGUCAGAGCUGAUGGUACUCACACAGUUAGGCAUCACUACUAUCACAGGACAACAGAUUUCCCUGUGUCCUAAUGGUUUUUUUUUUUUUUUUUAUCAAGAUAGGUUAAAGAAUAACUCCACACAUAACAACUGCCUACCAACAAGAAGUGCUGUAUGCCAGGCAUGAUAUUCACUUUUGCAGGCCUGCUUGUCAGAGUCAAACUGGAAUGGAUUUGGCGGUGAAAAUACUGGGUUAGGAAUGAGCCCAGGGUUUUGGUACAUAGAAAGCAGGAAACGUUUAGGGAUUAUAAAGUAGUGACAAAGCCAAUAAUUUGGAGGUCCACCUGGGAGCCCAUAGGUGCAAUCUGGCCUGCAGACUUUGUUUGGCAUACACAGUGAUUUUUUUAACAUUUGAGGCCAUUGCCAACAUUGAAAUACCCAGGAAUUCUAUACUGAAGCAGUGUUUUUCAAACUUCUCUUGGAAACCUGAGGCACCACUGGCCCACAGCCCAGUCAGAGUGGCCCUCCACUUCCGUGUCAUCCUGGCCUGCUCCUGACAGGCCCUGCCUUCUCCCCUGGGCUGCUCUAGGUGCCGGGCUCCUGGCAAGAAUCAAGGGGUAUGUCUAAGAGGGUAGAACAAAUAAGUGUACACUUCGAAUGAAUUACUUUCUGAUGAUAAGAUCUGGGACAUUAUGGUGAAAAGGUGUCCAGGCAUCUUGGGAUUUUUUUUUUCUGAUAGUCCUCUGUAUAUACUAGGGAGUCUUACAAUCACAAAUAUGUUUUUAAAUUGCUUAUAUUUAUAUACAGAUACUUAUCCUUUGCUUUUGUUGUUUUCUCUGUAAAUAAUCUUUUUAGUCUUGAUAUAAACCCGCCGAGGUAGGUGUUGCUAGUGUCAUCCUCCCAUUUAACAGAGAAACUGUAAAAUACAUUAAUUAGGCACCUUGCUCAGGCUGUGAUUGGUGGAGCAGAGCUUGGGAAGCAGUAGUUAGGUCUUUGUAUUGAAUGCCCUUCCUUCUCUCCUCCUGCCUCAGUGAUUUCUAGGGUAGUAUAAUAGUAUAAACAUGAAGUUACAUAUUAACCCCUCUUGUCCUAAAAAACCUUGAAAUUGAGCUUUUAGGAUAUACGCUUCCCCACCUGGUAUGAUGUAGGUACAAAGUUUAAUGCUCUAUUAACCUAGCUGGGAAAAUGUCUGCCCUAUAUGACAUUGAGGCAUCUCACAAAUCCAGAAUUGUAGCACAAAAUUUUACACUUUACAGUGCCUUUUCAAAACUUUUCUAAAAAACUCUUUAUUGGAAUAUAAUAUAUACAGAAAAGAUCAUAUCUCAUGCAUGUAUGUCCAGCUCAGUGUAUUUUCCACAAAUUGAACCUGUUCGUAUAGUCAACAUCCAGAUCAAGGAGGAGCACACUGUCAGCUCCCCAGUAGCUCCCCUUCAACCCUCUUACAGGCAUUUCUCAUCCCCCCAGGGUGACUGCUAUGCCAGUUUCUGAUGGCAACCUCUAGUUUUUCAAGUAUACAAUAUGAUGGUAUUCUUAAGCCAGCUGAAACCUCACGAGGAACGUUUGGUUUCUUGGUAUUUCCCGUAAGAAAUGUAAAACGUGUGGGCCCUGGGCCAGAUCCAAGACUGCAGCUCCCCGUGUUGUGUCUGACCAAUGAGACAACGGUCCUCUUGCGAGAGCCAGGCCUAAUCACUUCUUCACUGUGGUCCCAACACAACAUGCGUUUCCAC